CACGAAGCACGAAGCAUUUUCUCAACCUAUUGGCUAUUGCGUCUAAUAAAUUAAGUAGUUAUUUUAUAUUAUUAGCUAUUUUGCUAAAAUGGACACAGCUAAUGUGGGAUAUUCGUACCAUUUGCCUAGUGGAGGGUGGAAUUACAAAAUUCGUAAUACUUUAUCUCAGUUCAGUGAUUUAUUUAGCGAAUUUAAUAAGUAUAUUGCCCCUGCGUACCACCAUGAUCGCUGUGAGAGAUCUGUUCAAAUGAGAAUAUAUUCAAUGCACAAAGGAGAGUUUGUGAUGGUUUUUAUAGCAUUUUUUGCUUGUUUCGGUCUAGGAGUUUUUAUAGGAUUGGCAGGACCUUCGCCAACUACAACCACAUCAACGUCAGCCACAAAUAUUAUUAGGAACACGAGCGCUAUUUACAGCGGACCGUUCCAUCUCCGAACUCCAGCGUUGGGCACGAGGGUCCAACAGUUGUGGCUAUUCGCUGAAAUCAUCACUGACAAUAACGAUGAGGAAAUCUUCGACAAAAGUUUUCAAGUGAGCAUAUCAAUUGAUGGAAUUUUGAGUGAUCAUACAACGACCAAUCUAAUACCAGAAUCUGAGUCUACUAACAGAACACAUCACCUUAAAUGCGAAGAACAGGUGUGCGAAGAAGUAAUGAUCCUACACUUGGGUUCUUUGGAAUAUACUCACUACAUGCUCAACAUACAUUUCUACGGCCUGCAUGAGUUUCACAAGCGGUACUUCAUCCGGGAAAUUGUGUUCUAUUUCAAGACAUACAAUCCUGCUUUCACACAAAUGGAAACAUGGUUCAGAUUCAUAUUCCUGCUGACAACAUUCUCAGUUGCCUGUUGGUUCGCUCACACACUACGGAAGUAUUCUACACAAGAUUGGGCAAUUGAACAAAAGUGGCUGUCUAUACUAUUACCGCUGCUUCUGUUAUAUAACGAUCCAAUUUUCCCUCUGCGGCUGGUAUCGGGAGGAUGUUUCGCUUCGCUCGUCGACACGACCUUCCAGACGACAUUCCUGGCGUGUGUCAUGCUGUCGUGGCUUGCGCUUUAUCAUGGACUGAGGCAGAAUGAAAGAAGUUUUGUAUCGUUCUACUUGUUCAAGUUAAUAGUGGUCGGUUUGGUUUGGACGCCAACUAUGGUGAUUGGUGUCUGGCAGAAAUAUUACGCGUAUUACGAUCCAACAUUCAACUAUAAAACAGACCCCAGUUAUGGUAUGGUGAAGGUGUUAAUAUUUAGUGCUCUUGCGUUCUACUUCAUGUACCUGUUAAUACUGGUCGUUAAGGCGUACAGUGAUCUGAGAAGUAUGCCAUUUUUUGAUAUCAGAUUGCGAUGCUUGUCAAUUAUAGUCACAACCGUGAUUGUUAUAACGACUAUAUUGGCAUUACAUCGCUGGGGGCCAGCCGCUCUGCAAGACCAUUGGGCAUCACAACCGAAGGUACAUUACGAUACCUCUGCGCCGUUCAUGGCAACAUAUGGACUUUUCAACUUCAAAUUGUAUAUUUUAGCUUAUUUAUUUUCGCCAGGAAACGGAUCCAUACAUGAUACAGCAAUUACCAAAGACAACCCAGCUUUUUCGAUGAUCAACGAUUCCGACGAAGACGUUAUCUAUGGUUCAGACGAGGAAAGCCGGCGUCCUUUAAACUCCCAUUCACAAAGAGCUAAUAGUGAAACAAUAUGAUACCCUGCCUGAUGAUGUUACGCAGAUUUUUUCUUUGUUAUACAAUAGAUAGUUAAUCAUC